GACUAAAAAAAACAAAAACAAAAACAAAAAUUUAUCCAAAACGACGUCGUUGUAACUUUAAACCACUAUUAGACCUAGCGUAUUCAUCUGAGCUGAGCAGUGUGAAGGCCUCACUACCAAAAACCAAAAAUGGCGUCGAAGAUUUCAAUUCUAAGGACCGGUACCGAGAACAUAGCCUGCCUUUUCGGCCUGAGGAGGUGGACCCACAUCGCAGCUAUUCCUCCGUCGUCGGAUGGGUCCCUUGCCAGGCCGAUUUCACCGCCGCCGUUCGCUCUGCCGGAGAAGGAUAACAGAGUCGGAUUCGGGUUCCCCAGUUUCACAUUCGGUGGGUCCAUGGAGCUCAUGGCUGUCCCCAAGAGGAAGACUACUCCCCACAAGAGAGGAAUACGAAAUGGCCCAAAAGCUCUGAAGCCUGUUCCUGUGAUAAUCCGAUGCAGGAGUUGUGGUCGUGUCAAGCUGCCACAUUAUUAUUGUUGCAGCGGACAUAGGGGAAAUACCGGUGAGCGAGAGGUAUAGAGCUUAGCAUGAGAAGUUGAGAAUGUGUUAGACUUUUGAAGAAUAAGUCUGGAGUUUUCUGUUUCGAGUUCGAUCUUUUGAAAAACUGAUCAUGCUACAAAAAUAUUAAGUGGAUAGAUCUUUUACUUGGUUCAGAUAUUGGCUUGCUAGAAUUACUUUUAUUUUCACCUUGUAUAAAUUGUUCUUAAGAUGGUAUAGGUAAAGCCUGUCAUUCAAUUUUGACCUUAAUGAAUAGCUAAAAAGCAAGACAAGACACUAAUAUUUGACCUGUUUCA